AUGCUUAUUUGUCCGCGGGCGCCGCCGGGCAGGGGGAGCGCCGGACAGCCGGGAAGCCGGGCGUCGCCGUCCGCCUGGCCGCUCGUUCUCGCGCGGGAUCCCGUUAGCUCGGCCCUGCUGGCCACGGCGGGGCUGCUGCUGGCGCUGCUCUGGCUCCUGCGCCGCCGGCCGCCACAGGGGCUCCCGCCCGGCCCGAAACCGUGGCCCCUCCUGGGCAAUUUCGCCUUCGCCGUCCUGCCCCACUUCCUGGGGCGCCGCGGGCUGAGCGGCACCGGCAAGGUGUACCCCUACGAGGACGCGGUGCCCGGCGGAGGCCCCCCGCGGCAGACCUCGCCGCACCUGCUGCUCACCAGCCUGGCCAAGAUGUACGGCAACAUCUUCUGCUUCUUCGUGGGCAGCCGCCCCAUCAUCAUGCUCAGCGACUUCGAGGCCGUCCGCGACGCCCUGGUCAACCAAGCCGAGGUCUUCAGCGACCGGCCCAGCAUAGCCCAGGUGACCCUCCUCACCAAGAAGAUGGGUGUGGUGUUUGCACCUUAUGGCCCAGUAUGGCGAAAACAGCGGAAGUUCUCCCAUUCCACUCUCCGCUACUUUGGAUUAGGAAAGCACAGCCUGGAGCCAAAAAUCAUUGAAGAAUUCAGGUUUGUGAAGGAUGAAAUUCUGAAACAUGGGGAGAAGCCCUUUAACCCGUUCCCCAUUAUCAGCUACAUGGUGUCCAACAUCAUCUGCUCCAUGGCCUUCGGCAGGCGCUUUGACUAUGACGAUGUUGAGUUUAAGACCAUGCUGAGCCUCAUGUCACGGGGUCUGGAGAUCACCUUGAACAUCCACCUCAUUCUGGUGAACAUCUGUCCUUGGCUCUACUACCUCCCUUUUGGUCCCUUCCGGGAAAUCAGGCAGAUUCAUUUUGACAUCAUGGGUUUCCUGAAGAAAAUAAUUGCACAGCACAGGGAAAACCUGGAUGUCCAGAAUCCCCAGGACUUCAUAGAUAUGUACCUUCUUCAGGUGGAUGAGGAAAAAAAGACCAACAGUGAAAGCAGCUUUAAUGAAGACUACCUGUUGUAUAUCAUCGCAGACCUUUUUAUUGCAGGCACAGACACCACAACUAACACAGUCCUCUGGUGUCUGCUGUACUUGUCACUUCACCCGAGAGUACAAGAAAAAGUCCAAGAAGAAAUUGAAUUGGUCAUUGGCCGGGAUAGAUGUCCUUCCCUUGCUGACAAGGCACAGAUGCCCUUCACGGAAGCCACCAUCAUGGAAGUUCAAAGAAUGACUGUGGUUGUCCCUCUUUCUAUUCCUCGGAUGGCAUCGGAAACUACUGUGCUCCAGGGCUACACUAUUCCAAAGGGAAGCGUAAUCUUCUCUAACUUGUGGUCGUUGCACAGAGAUCCCAGAAUAUGGAAGAACCCAGAUGAUUUCCACCCUGAAAGGUUUUUGGAUGAAAAUGGCCAGCUUCUCAAAAAGGAAACGUUCAUCCCUUUUGGAAUCGGAAAACGUGUGUGCAUGGGAGAACAGCUAGCCAAGAUGGAGCUCUUCUUGACGGUGACGAGCCUCCUGCAACAUUUCACUUUCCUGUUUCCAGAGGACUUGAAGAAGCCACCAAUGGAAGGAAGAUUUGGUCUGACCUUGGCUCCGUUUCCAUUCAAGUUAAUUGCCUUAAAGAGAUGAAGACACACACCGCAGGAGAAUGCUGCAUGAAGUUUGCGUUACUCUUAUGAAAUUUCAGGGCUAUCUGUUAAAUGCACCUCACUAGCAAAAUCACCAACCCUGAGCAGGGAUGGGGGACCCUGUCGCCCACAGGCUGCCCCAAAACUCAUUGAGCACUUUC